AUGUUAUCUAGAGUUAUCUUAAAGAACAAAUCAAGAAUUCCAACUUUUACUGCCAUGGCCAUUAGAAAUAAAUCAAUUGUUACAUUAUCAUCAACCACUUCAAAUUAUCCAAGUGAUCAUACAACUCCUUCUACUGAACCAUACAUUACUCCAUCUUUUAUUAAUAAUGAAUUUAUUAAAUCAGAUUCCAAUACUUGGUUUGAUGUUCAUGAUCCAGCAACUAAUUAUGUUGUUUCAAAAGUUCCCCAAUCUACUCCUGAAGAAUUAGAAGAAGCUAUUGAAUCAGCUCAUAAAGCAUUUCCAAAAUGGAGAGAUACUAGUAUAAUUAAACGUCAAGGUAUUGCAUUUAAAUUUGUUCAAUUAUUACGUGAAAAUAUGGAUAGAAUUGCUAGUGUUAUUGUUUUAGAACAAGGUAAAACUUUUGUUGAUGCUCAAGGUGAUGUUACUAGAGGGUUACAAGUUGCUGAAGCUGCAUGUAAUAUAACUAAUGAUUUAAAAGGAGAAACUUUGGAAGUUUCAACUGAUAUGGAAACUAAAAUGAUUAGAGAACCAUUGGGAGUUAUUGGAUCUAUUUGUCCAUUUAAUUUCCCAGCUAUGGUUCCUCUUUGGUCAUUACCAUUAGUUUUAGUUACUGGUAAUACUGCUGUUAUUAAACCUUCAGAAAGAGUUCCAGGUGCAAGUAUGAUUAUUUGUGAAUUGGCUGCAAAAGCAGGUGUUCCACCAGGUGUGUUGAACAUUGUUCAUGGUAAACAUGAUACUGUUAAUAAAUUGAUUGAAGAUCCAAGAAUUAAAGCUUUAACAUUUGUUGGUGGUGAUAAAGCUGGUAAAUAUAUUUAUGAAAAAGGUUCUGCUUUAGGUAAAAGAGUUCAAGCUAAUUUGGGUGCCAAGAAUCAUUUAGUUGUUUUACCAGAUGCUCAUAAACAAAGUUUUGUUAAUGCUGUUAAUGGGGCUGCAUUUGGUGCUGCUGGUCAAAGAUGUAUGGCAAUUUCUGUUUUAGUUACUGUUGGUAAAACUAAAGAAUGGAUUCAAGAUGUUAUUAAAGAUGCUAAAUUAUUAAACACUGGUAGUGGAUUUAAUCCAAAGAGUGAUUUAGGUCCAGUUAUUAAUCCAGAAUCUUUAACACGUGCUGAAGAAAUUAUUGCUGAUUCUGUUUCCAAUGGUGCUGUUUUAGAAUUGGAUGGUAGAGGUUAUAGACCAGAUGAUGCCAGAUUUGCCAAAGGUAACUUUUUGGCACCAACUAUUUUAACUAAUGUUAAACCAGGUAUGAGAGCUUAUGAUGAAGAAAUUUUUGCACCAGUUUUAUCUGUUGUUAAUGUUGAUACUAUUGAUGAAGCUAUUGAAUUGAUUAAUAACAAUAAAUAUGGUAAUGGUGUUUCCUUGUUUACUUCUUCUGGUGGCUCUGCACAAUAUUUCACUAAAAGAAUUGAUGUUGGUCAAGUUGGUAUUAAUGUUCCCAUUCCAGUUCCAUUGCCAAUGUUUUCAUUCACUGGUUCAAGAGGUUCUUUCUUGGGUGAUUUGAAUUUCUAUGGUAAAGCUGGUAUUACUUUCUUGACUAAACCAAAGACUAUCACUAGUGCCUGGAAGACUAAUUUAGUUGAUGAAGAAAUCUUGAAACCAUCCACUUCUAUGCCAGUUCAACAAUAG